AUGCUGUCACGAACAGCGCGACACCUAACGCCCCUCCGCACCUUCACAGCGCGACAAGCCUCCUCAGCGCAGUCAACCCAACUGCGACAGACAUGGGCGCGCUUCUCGUCGUCGCAAAGCUCCUCCCCUCAGGAGCCCUCUCCCAAUUCACAAUUCUACAAGACCUUCGGCCGGCCCAUAGCCAAGGUGUUUCUACUAGCCAUCUUCACGUACCAACUGGCGUACUACUUUUGGGUGCGGUUAGAGCACGAUGAAAUCAAGAGCGAGAUGCGGGCGACCAUUACCGACCUCGAAGCGAGGAUAGAACAGCUUGAAAAGGCGCGAAAGAUUUAG